AUGACAACAGAUUUUAAAUGCAUUUUCUGUAAAAUUAUAUCUGGAGAUGCGCCUGCAGAAGUAUUAUUUCAAAAUGAAGAGUUAAUCGUAUUUCUUGACAUUAAACCUGCAUCCAGCAUUCACUUUAUGGUUGUACCCAAGAAACAUAUUCCUAAUAUAAACAGUUUAAAAACAAAUGAAGAUAAACUUCUAGUGGAAAGAAUGUUGGAGGUUGGUAAAAGAGUCCUAGAGCUAAAAAAUGGCAAUAGUGAAGACGCCAGAAUAGGUUUCCAUUGUCCACCAUAUACUACUGUAGAUCACCUGCAUCUACAUGUUAUAUAUCCAGAAGCGGAUAUGAGCCCGUAUCAGCAAAUGUUGUUUCAAGUGCAUCAUAUGUUCUUUGAAUUGGCAGAUGAUGUUAUACUACGACUUUCGUAA